AUGGCACCUAUGGACACUAGCAAACCUUUGAGCCCCCCUCCCCCCACCCAAGAUCAGUAUGAGGCUCCGUGUGGAGUGGUAAGUUCGGCGGGAAGAUUUAUAACCAUGAAGCCGCUAUUUCCAAUAGUGGUUGCCAUACUGGUCAUUGCGACCAAUGCUCACUCCAAAUCCACCGAGUCAAAAGUUCUGGCCGAGAGCAAAGAACCAGUAGCAGAAGCCGAAGAAAGCGAGCCUCAGACAAGAUCAGAAAGAUGUACAGUAUGCUCUGGUACAUCAAGCCUGAAAACUCAUAGCCACCACGCCUCAGGAAAUUUCCAGACGUUACCACAAAUCAGUGAGGUGCACACACAACAGUUCUUCGAAGAAUGCAACUCAGAGAAAGGUUGUGCUGGAGUCAAGCUAAAAGAUGGGAAACUCGUUCAAAAGUACGGAGACCUCGAUGCUUUUAAAGCAGCCGCUGAAGCCAAUAAUGGAGAAGAAUUCCAAUUCCAAGCGGCUGCAAGUAAGGUAUUAGAAGGAAAAAUUCCAAACAGUGGACCAUUUUGGUGGAUGAAUGAGAAUUCUCCUUUCAAAAAUGUUGGAGGCGCUGGCGGUAGCUCUCAGAAAUUCAGCAAAUUUCAGUCCUCAAGCUUUAGCUCCGCAAGCAACGGAGGCUCAGGUGGAGUGAAUAUUGCCGCUAACCCAUUCUUAAAUGGAGAGUUAAGUAAAAUUAAUAAUGGUUUCACUAGCGGCGGUGCUAACUUUGCAGGACAAGGCUUUAAGGCUAUUGGAGGAAGCCAGGGAGCAGGAUUUAGUACUGGUGGCACAGGAUUAGCCAAUGGUUUCGGUAGUGGUUCCCAAAGUAGUUACGGAUCUAGUUCUCAAAACAGUUUUGCUGGUGGUCAAAAUGGUUUCUCUGCCCAAGGAGGCCUUAAUCAAGCUGGUCUCGGAUUAGGAGGAAGCCAGAGCAAUUUCAAUGCCUUUAACUCUGCAAGCAAGUUUGGCUCAGGAUUCACUGGAUCUUCACCAGCGCCUUUCUCUUCCACUGGAGCCAAUGUCAAUCUUAUUCAGAACUCCCAGAAGACAUCAGAUUAUGACUUCGAACAGCAACAACAGACACAACAAAAUAUUGAUGAAGCUUUCGCUGCUACUGGCAAUGUUCAGGGUUCUGUGAAUUCUGGUGGGGAGUUACAGCAGACCUGUGCUGGUCAAGGCUAUAUUUGUGUACACAAAACACAGUGCAAUAACGGAGUUGUGAACACCAAUGGAGGAAAUUUGCAACGCGAGAAUACCCAGAAGCAGUACUGCAACACCAGAACUGAAGCUUGCUGCAGAUGGGAAACAUCAUCUUCAGCAGGAACUGGUAUCCCUCAAGGCACAUUCGGUGUAGGAACCAGUACCUUCUCCGGUUCGACCAAUCAGCAAUCAGGAGUGUUCUCUCAUGGUGGUUCAAGACCAAACAGUUUUGGAAGUUCGUCAAAUAACGGCUUUAACUCUUUGAAUAGAGGAACUACUUCUUCUGGAUUUGGAAUCAAUACGAACCAGUUCUCCGGUACUGGAAUCUCCGGCACAUCUCAAGUUGGAUCUAGUUAUGGUGGCAAUAAAUUUACUGGGUCUGCCGUUGGAUCAGGCUUUGGAACAACCGUAGCUCCGACUCCCACUCGUUUUGGAGGAAAUAACUAUAACAAUGAAGUCUUCAAAACCAACAGUCAAUCGAACUUUGUUGAAACCGACUCUUUCCCUGCUGGUAGCCAAAAUUCUGGUGUUUACAGGCCAAACGGAAUACCUAACCUAAAACCUGGUGUUCCUUACCUGCCUCCAGUCGACUCUUCCACAGGCGCUUCCAACAUCUAUCCUUCAUCGAUUGUAACUUCUCCCCGGCCUUUCACUACUCCUCGCCCAGUUACCACUCUAAGACCUUUCACACAAAGAGUAACGCCAACGUACCUGCCACCUGUAUCUUCUACUUCAGCGCCAGGAUAUCUGCCUCCAGUGGAUCCACUAGAUGGCUCAGAAUCAAGACCUUACGUUGAAGGAGGAGUUAUUCGUGAUACUUUCCUCCCACCUACACCUGGACCUGUGAAAAUUAACAAUGAAAUCCCAGCCGGAUGCGCAGCUGCUUUGAAGUGUACCCCCAUCGAAUUUUGUACAGCUGAAGGGGUCAUAUCGAACACCACUGUCUUUUUAACCCAAGACCAGGAUGCGUACAGAGUACCACUUACUGACUGCAAAAACAUCGAGACAGGACUCAUCGGCAAAUGCUGCCGCGAUCCUUACUACACGGAUCCCUGGCCAGUGAACCAGCUCGGAAAAUGGGUGCCUGAUGUCUUCGGAGGCAACGAUGGCAAGUACAUACCCGACAGUCGAGGUAGCCCGAAUAACCCUCGUCCAUUUGUCACUGCCCGGCCACCAACACAACCAGGAAUAGGAUCAGUUAUUCUGAACAACUUCAGAACCACCCAGGAACCAGGACUGAACCAAGUAACUUCCGGAUACCCCUCCAUAACGCCGGGUACAGUCAAUACACAGGGAUCCUAUGGCCAGGGAGGUAAAGGACAAUAUGGACAGAGAGGACAAGGUCAAUAUGGUCAAGGCUCUUCUGUCUCACAAACCACUUCGGGCAUCGGUCAAGUAGGUGUUGGGCAAAUUGGACAAACAGUAACCCAAAGUCAAGGAGCUUAUGGCCAGGCUGGUAAAGGUCAAUUGGAAGUGGUUGGACAGGGUAUACAGAGGAACCAAGGCUCAGGCUUCAGCGUAAACCAGGGCAUAGGUCAAGGAGUCCGUCAAGGGGUUGGUCAGACUGUUACACAAACCAGUGGUACAGGUGUUACCCAAGGAUUUGGAACCGGAUUUAAACAAGGACAGGGCACUAUUCUCACAGAAAAUCAAGGCUUUGGAGUUCAACAAGGAACUGGUCAAACUAUUUCUCAAGGCGGUGGAAUUAGUGUCUCUCAAGGAUUUGGCACUGGAAUCAGACAAGGACAAGGCCAGUACGUUAGCCAAGGCGUAGGACAAGGAGUCCGAGAAGGCAGUGGCUUCACAGUUACCCAAGGUCAAAAUGGAUUUGGUGUCGCACAAAACACUGGUUUCGGUGUUACUCAGGGUCAAGGACAGGGCUUCGCCUUCAAUCAAGGACAAGGUAUCCUACAAGGUCAGGGUCAAGCUCUGAAGCAAGGACAAGGAGAAGAAAUAACUCAGGAGUCAGUUCAUAGAGUCUUCUUGUCAAGAUAUGACGGUACUGGACAAUGCGGUGUACUGAACCCUCAGAAACCGUACGGCAACCGUCAAGAUCUUGAAGUAGACUUCGCUGAGAUCCCCUGGCAAGCUAUGGUUCUGCUCCAGACCAACAGGAGCCUACUCUGUGGAGGUGUCAUCACCAGACCUGAUGUUGUUCUUACAUCUGCUAGCUGCGUUGAAGGCCUCCUCGCAAAGAACGUGCUCAUCAAGGGAGGAGAAUGGAAACUUGGAGUCGACGACGAACCUCUGCCAUUCCAGAUCGUCCAAGUCAAACAUAUCCUCCGUCAUCCACUCUACGAACCUGGCCACUUGAAAUACGACGCUGCAGUUCUGGUCUUGUCCGAAAAUCUGAGACUACAGAAGAACAUCUGGCCUAUCUGCUUGCCUUCUACUUCUGAUAGGCUCGAUGCUUACUACAACGGUAAUGGAGAGUGUAUUGUGACUGGAUGGGGCAAGAAUAUUCUUCAAGCCCAUCUCCAAGGCAGCAUAAUGCACGGCCUGAAUGUCUCUCUGAUCAACCCUCAAGAAUGCGAGACCAAACUCCAGGAAGACUACCCUCAUCUCCUCGAUAACUAUGAUCAGGACAGCUGCGUGUGUGGACAGCCUACUAACCCAACCAACAAUAUAUGCAAGGUGGACACCGGUAGUGCUCUCGCGUGCACGACUGACGGCCAAUAUACUUUGAGGGGUAUUUACUCCUGGGAAUCAGGCUGUCAAGUCGGUAAUCAGUUAGCUGCCUUCUACAAGUUCGACGUAGAAUGGUACGAAUGGUCCAUCGGCCUAAUCGAGAGCGUUCGUUUCGCACAGUUCACCACCACGCAAAUCACCAAGACCAAAAUCAUCACUCAAGUCAAGGGAGGCAUCAAAGGAGGAACUAUAUCAGGCAUCAAAGGUUUCGGUGUUAAAGGACAAGCAGGAUCCACUCAAUUCGGUCUCGAUAACCCAAUAGGAAUUAAAACAGGACAGUUUAGCCAAUUCAAUAAAUUCACAUCUGGCGGCAAAAUAAGUUCAGAGUUAGGAGAAAAUGCAGGAUUGAACUUUGGAACCGAAUUAAAAGCACCUUUAUCUAAGACCUUUAGCGCUACUUUUACCGAGAAAAAAAUCUUCCAAACCGAACCUAAAUUCGUAACAUACACGACAAAACCCGAAAUUGUAACUUUCACGACUAAACCAGAAUAUUUUACAUAUACAACGAAACCAAAAAUUGUAACCUACACAACUAAACCAGAAAUUGUAACAUAUACGACCAAACCAGAAAUUGUUACGUAUACGACCAAGCCAGAAUACUUCACGUAUACGACUAAACCUAAAAUUGUAUCGUACACUACGAAACCACAAAUCAUCUCUUACGAGACUUCAGGUAGCGCCACAAACCCUAAAUAUGUUUCACCCUUCUCCUUCUCAGAAAUAGUAGGAGCCAAACACACACAUUCUCCACAGUGUAACUGCAACGGAAAGAAGUAA